GUUCCUACUCGCCUUGAGUACGUAGAAAGACGAAGGAGUACUUCUCGAGAAUGUGUGGGUUGUGGUGACUAAUGUUUAUUCGAAGGGACAUGCUGCUAAAGCGAUAAAUAUGUGUUGCAUUUGCGGAUAAAACGAAUCUGAUGAAGGAUAAAGAAUGCUGUCCUCUUAUGAAAGUAGAUGACUUUAAUUUAAAAGAAGUUAAUAUCCCUUAUAGUGAUUUCUGUCUUGUAUUAUUUUCACCUGAGAAUGGGAUUUAAAGUUCUUAUAUCAUCAGUAUUAGUUAAAGUUAGAUCUCAAGUUUCUUUUCUAUAACACAUCAGGUAAUUUUACUUGUGGAUCAGCAUGGUCGUAAAGGAUAGUUUACGCACUGACCUUGUAACAUCACAUUUAAAAAGUGACAAGAAACAUCGGUUAAAACAAAGAUUUGAUGUCCAGAGAAAGUUGGGUCAAGGAACGUAUGGCAAAGUGCAGCUUGCUGUCAAUCGGGAGACAGGACAAGAAGUGGCUAUUAAAACCAUCAAGAAAAGCAAGAUUGAAAAUGAAGAGGAUCUCAUCAGGAUUCGGAGAGAGAUUCAGAUCAUGUCUUCUGUACAGCACCCCCACAUUACUCAUAUUUAUGAAGUAUUUGAAAAUAAAGAGAAGAUCGUUCUGGUAAUGCAGUUUGCAGCCGGCGGGGAACUCUUCAAUUAUCUUUUCGAGAAAAAAGUGCUCUCAGACAACGAAGCCAGGAGGAUCUUUCGCCAGAUAGCUUCAGCGGUCUACUAUUGUCAUAAAAACAAAAUAUGUCAUCGGGAUUUAAAAUUAGAAAAUGUUUUACUAGAUGAAAAGGGAAAUGCUAAAAUAACGGAUUUUGGUUUAUCCAAUGUUUUUGAUGAAAAGAAUCUUCUGAAUACAUACUGUGGUAGUCCUCUCUAUGCGUCGCCUGAAAUUGUGACCGGAGUUCCGUACUAUGGACCAGAAGUUGACUGCUGGAGUAUGGGAGUUGUGCUUUACACUCUUGUUUACGGUGCUAUGCCAUUUGAUGGUAGCAAUUUUAAGAAAUUAGUUACACAAAUAUCUGAAGCAGACUAUUAUGAACCUAAGAAUAAAUCCGGCGCAUCGGAUCUCAUCAGAAAACUACUGACGGUCAACCCGUCCAAAAGAGCCACUAUUGUAGAUAUCUGUGUCGAUUACUGGGUGAACAUUGGUUAUGAGCAUUCCUUGCUGCAGGUUGCAGAGGAUAUGGCCAAUCUUACACCAGUCCGCUUAGAUUUACUUAUGGCUUUGGCACCUGAAUCCACGGCACCACGGGAGGACGAAGAAGAUCAAAAAAUGAAAGAUGUCACUUUGACUAAUAAGAUCCUGGAUAAAGAUAUACCCAACGAAGAAGAGGAGGAAGAAGAAGUAGAAGAUUAUAACGCUGAUACUGCCGCCAGCAGUUUUGCUUUUAUGAAAGGAAGCCGCGCUAGUCAGUUGAGCGUCAGCUCGCCAAAUCUGCAGGAAGCCGUGGAUGAAUAUGAAGACGAUAGUGAGAGCGAGUUCUUGCCUGCAGAUAUUGCUGCUUUGCAAGCAGAGUACGGAUUUAGCAUUGAAGACAGUUUGCCGCAUGUGGCUAGUCUUGCAAAAAUGAACAAAAAGUGUAAGUCGUCCAGCAGUACAAAUAAAGUUCUGAUAAAAGAUAAAACAGCUGAAAGUAUUAAUGAAAAAGUCAAAGACGAAGAAAAGAUCUUGAAUACUGUCAAAGUUAAGCCUGACGCAGAAAAGAACAAUCUACCAAAAUCUGGAGACUCGGGAGCUCAAAAUUUGAAGGUUACAGAAGUUAAAAAAGCUGCUCAGUCCUCGCCAAAUGUUGUUGCCCAAGAAGCAGAUGAUAAAAAGCAAGAUCCUAAUACUGAAAAUCAAAAGGGAUUGGUGAGAAAGGAUUCCUUGUCCACUUCCAAAUCGGUUGAAUCUGCAUUUAUAACUCAACGAAAGGAAUCGCUGACUUGUCCAGACGAAAAGGUAGAAUCCAAAAAGUUCGUUCGACCGCCGGGUAAAAUCAUCAUCCCGAAAACUUUUGAAAGUCCUCAGACUACCCCAUCUCCAAAAGCCGUUGCUCCCAAAAAAUUGGUCAAAAGUGAAAGCAAAUCUGAACCCGAAGACAAUCAACAAACGGAGGCUCCUGUUACUCCUCCUGCUACAGACGCUUCGCAGAAAAAACAAAAAGAGGUUGAUAACACUACUAAACCUCCUGCCGAAGAUGUUAACAAAAAUGUGAUUGAAACAGAACCAAAGAUUGAAAACAAAUCCAUUGAAAUCACGGAGGAAAAGAAAAAUAUUGCCAAAGGCAUUCUUAAAAAGGGAAUAGCAAAAGCUAAACUUGCGGAAAGAAGAAUGUCGAAACAGAAUUCUUUAGACUCGGAAGUAUCAUCUUCAUGCUCAACUCCUGUAUCAACUGGAGGCACUCCAGAACCUAUGCCAUCGUUUUAUAAAGCUCCAAAACCCUAUACGAAAGAAGAAGAAACGAAUGUAAUGAGCAAAGCUGAAAUAAAACUGAGUUCGACUCAAAGUUCUAACAGUACAUUAAAAAACGAGGCUGUUGGAGGCUCUAAAGCACCUUUGUGGGAUGCUGGAAGAUUGGAAGAUAGGCAGUUACAAGAUAGGAAUUGUAAUUGGAGUACCAUUUCAUCGACGAUCGAUUCAGAAAUGAGUAACUGGAGAGAACAGAUGGAAGAGAGUUUAAGAAGGUUAUCGCCAGAUGAUGAACGUUCUUCAAUCCAAUCUUACUCUUCCAAAGUUGAUGAUGAUAAGCCUCUUGUACCAAUCGCUCGUAGCUACAAAAAAUUUACCUUUACCAAAGAUGGGGCUUGUAUCACUGAAACUAAGAAAAUUUACACAACUCCAGGAGCAGAUGGUUCUUGGACCAAAGUUGAAAAGAAAACAAAAAUUACCACUCGCCCAGGAAAUGCAGAAGAAUUUGAGAAAUUUAGAGAUUUGCAUUUAAGGACAGAUUCUGCAAGUGUGACAAGGUCUGACAGCCAGAGCUCUUCUGGUUCAAACGAGGUUUACGAUGACAUAUUUGAUAGCUGGACGGGUGAUACAAUGAUGUGUAAUAUGCGCAAGAUGAAUAAUUUAUUCCAAAAGUUUUCGAGAGACCCCUUCAUGAGAAGAGAGAGACGAAGAAAUCCAUUCAGAUUUUUUAGAAGAACCGAAAGUGAACGAAAUGAGAGGGAUAAAAGGAAAUAUGAACUUCGUAGCGGCAGAUCAUCGGAGAGAGAAUCUGAGAAUGAGGAAGAUUAUGAUGUUCACUAUGAUGAUAACAAUGCUGUAGUAUAUGGAUCUCAAGGUCUAUGGCAAUUCCUAAGGUCUGCCAACAGAGGUUUCCCUAAUCGUGUCACUAUUCAGCAUGAACCUGCCUCAUAUGGGCGUUCUAUGAGUCAAGACCGUUCUGAAGCAAAAUGUGAUCCAUAUUGGAAGAGAUGUGGCUCGCGGGCGAGCAGCGGCUACAAUACUGGAACUCGUUCUCAAAGUAGAGAUAGAACCGAAAGUCCUAGAGAGAAGAUGUUAAGAUUUGUAUUUGAUUCACCAAGAGAAAGUUUCACUAGAGAAUCCAGUGUACUUGGGGCUUCUCCUACUAAACAUGAGAAAUGGUCUGUCAAGAGAAAUCUGUCGCGCCACAAUCCACGCCGUGAUAGUGGAGUCGGAAGCGAUGGUUACGAGUCAGAGUAUUCAAUCAGGCAGAGUCCAUCAGAUGAAAUGUCAAGGGCAGGAAGAGUGUCUUCCAUGUCAUCUAUCUGCAGUGAUAAACAAGGUGUAAUCAGGAACUUCAUGAGAUCCUGGUCAAAGUCCCUGAUGUCACCUCCUAUGUCGCCAACAUCCAUGGGAAGUGCGAAGGAGCAGCUUGAGAACCUGCCUGAGGCUAGGAAACAUAGAGUGGAACAGUGGCUGGACAUGAAUUCUGGAGAUGUUGCUUUUGGCAUGGAUCAUUCAAAACUUAGCUCAAGAAAAUCAAGUGCUAGUCAUGGCAGUAGUUCCCCUUCUUAUGCCACCAUGCGUCCCCGCGAAUACUUACAAUACAACCGUUCCUCUAGUGAUAAAUUAGCUGACUGUGCGGACUUCUUUCCUUCUUUUGAUGACAAUCCUCGUAGGAGAAGCCACAGUCUGAACAAGGACAGUUCUCAUGGAGAGAUGGGCAAAGUGCGGUUCAGGUCUAUGGCCUACAGUCCCGUUUCCGAAGAGAGUUUUAAGGAUGCUCAUUCUGCGUACCACAGUGAUGGUUCUCACUCCGGGUCAUCAGUCCAUCGCAUAAAUUUCACCAUCUCUGACGGCAGAAUGUCGUCUUCUAGUCACGGAGCUCCCCAAACAACUACAAGAUACAUUCGACAAUUCAGCAGUUCCAAAGAUGGAUCCAUCUCUGUGGAAUCGUCUUCGCCAACUGGAGUGAGAGUUGAACAGAUCUCGGGACGCUCCCCCACUCAACCUGUUGUUCAAAUGAGGGUCUCUAUCAGUCGUGGUAAUCGUGAAAAUCCCGUGAUCUCCUCUCCCCCACAUGCAUCAAAGGGUCUCUGGGAACAACAAGAUUCUUCGAGAAAUCUGAGACAAGACAUCACGGUGGACAGAUCUCCAUCUCCGGUGCCUGGGAUUCGGCAGUUUUCCACAGAAGUACAACACUGCAUUGGAGGGAAUGUCGAAGCACCUCCUCAGAUGUCCGUGCAGUGCGAAGUAACAAAUCCUGAUAAACAGGCUCCUCAUGGCCCGCAAACAGGUAAACGAUGAAGUGAGAAGUUUUAUGUAUAACAAUGCUCUGAACAAUUAUUAUUCUUUUAUAAUUUCUUCUCUGUCUGAUAAAAUGGUAUUUUUGUUUUAUUAUUGUGAUGUCCGAUUGCUUUGACUUCAGUUAACUAUGAAAUUUACAUUUAAAUCAGUAUAGCUUGGUUUUCAAUUGUGUAAAUGUAAAAAAAUAAAAAGAAUAAAGAAAAUGUGUAUAAA